AUGGUUCGGUUAGCAGUUUAUGGUGGUAUUAGUACUCUUCUAUCCUUAUCAGUUAUUGCGGCUGCAUUCCGUCAAAGGAGUAAUUUUUAUGCCGCAAGCAUAUAUUUAUCGAAAUCCAGUGCAUGCAUGAUGAUCCUUAUGAACAUGGGGUUCUUCCUCACGAUCAUAUUCGGACAAUUACUUCAAGCAAUAUUUUUCGGACGUUUACGUGCUGUUGAAAUUGAGCAUUUAUACGAAAGAUCUUGGUAUGCAGUAACUGAAACAUGUUUAGCCAUGACUAUAUUCCGGGAUGAAUUUGACACUAGAUUUGUUGUAACAUUUACAACCUUAUUGUUUUUAAAAAUAUUUCAUUGGUUAUGUCAAGAUCGAGUAGAGUUCAUGGAACAAUCACCAGCAGUACCAACGUCUUUCCAUUUUCGAAUGAUUUCUUUAAUGGAAAUAUUGUGCAUUACUGAUGUCAUGUUUGUUCGACAUGCUGUGAAUGUCACAAUGAGAGAUGGUCCAAACAUGAUGGUUAUGUUUGCAUUUGAAGUCGGGUAUUCAAUCCUCGGAGCUACUAUAGUUUCUACAGUCUUUAAGUAUAUUCUGAAUAUAAUUGAUAUGAGACGAGAAGAACCAUGGGAAAAUAAGUCAAUAUAUGUUUUUUAUUUGGAACUUGUGACAGAUUUCUUCAAAUUGAUUACCUACUUAAUAUUUUUCACAAUUAUACUCACUUAUUAUGGAAUACCUUUACAUAUUAUACGUGACGUUUAUGUCACGCUUCGUUCUUUUCUUCAAAAAUGUGGACAUCUUGUCCGAUAUCGUCGUGCUACCAGAAACAUGAAUGAACGUUAUCCGAAUGCAACUGAUGAAGAACUUGAAAACUUAAGUGAUCGAACCUGCAUUAUUUGUCGGGAAGAGAUGAUUGCUGCUAAUAUUGCCAAUAAUGAUGCACAGGGAAAUAAUGGACGACAAAAUAGGCCAGGAAAUAGUGGUUUAGGAGAUUUACCGAAAAAGCUUCCUUGCGGACACAUUUUUCAUUUUCAUUGUUUGCGUAGUUGGUUAGAAAGACAACAGAGUUGUCCUACAUGUCGAAGACCUGUCUUGACGGAACAACAACCUACUCAACCACCAACACGUCCCGUCCAACGUAAUGUCCAGCAACAACCUCAGCUUCAACCUCAACCUCAAUUACCUGGAAUUCCUAUUGCCAACCCUCCCGGUUUUUUAGCAAACCCAAUUUUAGGAUUUACAUUAUUUCCACCUCCAGGAAUGCAAGGACAAUGGCCGGGCCCUCCUAUUCCACCUGCAAAUAUAAAUGAACCUAAUGUAGAUCAAGCGAAUGGAUUAUCAAAUCAAAACUCCACACACCAAAAUACGUCUCAAUCUUCACAAAACACUACACAAAGCAAUUCAAACCAAACAACAAAUGAGGAAGAACCUCCUACAGAAUCACAACCGCAAACUACUACCACGCAAGGUCCUUCAACGUCAACAUCGCGAGCACCACAAUCAUCAUAUCAACCAUAUAUUCCACCUGCACCACCUGGUCUAAUACCACUUUUUCCUGUUUUACCUGUAAGGAAUAAUGGAUCUACGAACCCAGAAGGCAAUUAUAAUGCACCACCACAACUGAAUCAGUUAUCAGAAGAACAGAUUCGUCUCUUAGAGACGAAUACACGAGAAGCUCUUACAGAAAGACUUAGGUUGUUGCAAGAUGUUCAAGGGCAAGUAUACAAUAUUAUUAAAUCUUCAAAUAAUCAAGAAACUGAUAAAAAGGGUAAAGGAAAAGUAUAA